AUGUCCCGAUCGUCCCAAGUGCUGGCACAGAAUGACUCUGAAGAAUCGGAGAUUCCCGCAGCGAGACAUGCCAGUCCGGAGUCGUUCUGGGAGCUUCAUCGCCGAUUGGCGGAAUGCUACAUGAACGACAUGCGCGUGCACGCGCCGCAGGACAGUCAUGCAAGGAACCUACUCGAGACGGCGCAUGCUUCUACAACCCCGUCACCACCUGCAGGCAGUCCUCACCCGCUGUCGCCGCUGGCGGUGUCCUUCCCAGAGAUGUUGAAGCCGAAAAACAAGUCGGCCAGCAUGUCAAGUCAUGUGGCAUUGCCUUCUCCUUGCUUCAGCGACAGGCUAACGCCAGAGCGUGGUGAGUUUGGAGUGCCGAAAGUUGCGCCAUCCCCCGUGCGUCGCCGCAUGUCGGACAAAUCUUCCGUCCACGACAAUGGAAUCGCUUCUCGCGACUUCGGCUGUGCCUCUCGAGGAUCCAGCAUGGUGAGCGCUAGCUUUACGCCUCGUCGAUGUUGGCUGGUGAAAAACAAACAGCCGACCAUCAGUCGACGAAAGAGCCUGCAAGCGGCCACCACCACGUCUUCAAAGGCGAUGGAUUUGCUUCAAACUUCGAACGACUACAAGGACGGCGCCCAGAGGCCUUUUUCCUUGCGGAGCUUCCAUCUCAAUCCGACUGGAAACUUCCGCAGCUUCUGGGACCUUCUCGGCCUCUGCUUCCUAGUGAAGGAUGUCAUUGCCAUUCCUCUUCAGCUUGUGAACGUGAACCUUCAGGUUUUCACGACUUACAAUGUCGUCAAUGCUCUGGCCUUGGUAUAUUGGGUUGUGGACAUCUUCCUCGGCUUCGUGACCGGUCUGCUCCACAAGGGACAUCUCAUUACUGACCGUCGGAAGAUUUGCCGGCAUUACUUGCAGACAUGGUUUUUCAUCGACGUCGGCGUCACCGCCAUGGACAUCGUGCUGGAGUUCGGUGCCGUAGAUGACACGGUAGGCGAGUCUGCAACAACUACACGCUUCCUUCGAUUUCUACGAGUUAUGCGAGUUCUCAGACUCGGAAAGCUGAGUCAGAUCACGCAGUUCUUUCAAGAUCAGUUCGAAACACAAGUCGCAUCCAUGGAGUUCAGCUUGAUCUUUGUGAUGCUUAGCACCUCGAUUUGA